AUGAAGAAGAAUAAUAACCGGACCCUGUUCGCUCGCAAGCGUCCAGCUGUCUGGAGUACCGUGAUGGGUAACGUGAUCAGCGCGGCGACGGAGGAUGCGAGUGACGCUGGCAUGAGCCAGCUCGUUGUUCCCCACGGAAACUUGGCGCCGGCGACGGACACGGCCGCUGAGUGGAUCCAACAGUCUUCCCAGGACGAGGCUCUCGAGACUCCGUUGUACCGGCUUUACCCUUCGACGGAGACGUUCGGGGAGCAGGCCGUCUGGAGCAGCCUCAGGGACCACGAGUCCGACUCGGCUCUGCCGCCUUCGUCGUCGUACACUCCCGAGGAGAAGGCGGCGCCGUCCCGUCCGGGUCCUCGGCUCAUCUCGGCCGCGCCUUCGGUGCUGGCCGCCACGCGCUCCCUGCCGUCGCCCACGCGGCUGUCGCCGGCUUCGGACGAGGAACAGCGGACGCCGACCCCGCUCGCGCGAGGCAGCCUACCUCUGGUGACGGAGCUCCGUUCUCAUCGGGCUGCCUCAGUCGGACCCAGCGCUGCGUCUCUGAGCGCACCCCUCUCGGAGGCGACCUUGACGGCGACGCGUCGUUUCCCGCCGUUGGCGCGCGGCCUGCUGGUGGCGGGCGCCGUUCUGUGGCUGGUCUCGGCGCUGCUGGCCCUGGUCACGUGGCGCCUGUGGCGCGAGCCGCUCGGCGCCGACCUCGCCCAGAACGUGUCCGCCCUACUGCGACAGCUCGAGAGGCUCGCCACGGGCUCCGCGGGAGGUGCUGUGGCCGCCUCGAACGACUCGGUUGCGUGGAACCUGUCCCGCGAGACUGCGGCGGCGAAACGAAUGGCCGACGCAGUAGCUGCUGGCGGCCACGAACAGCCGCCCGUGUGAUUUGUACGCGCAAAUGUGUAGAUUGCCUUCUGUUAUGGUUGCGUCGCGUGUAACGAAGGUGCAAAAUAUACGACGCUAUUCACCUCGAA